AUGCCCCGGGAAAAAGUUUCCCAAUCGUCAAAAUGCGCCACCAGACACUCGCUGAACUGCUGCACUGUGCUGCUUGUGAUGUGGUGUGCCUUCGCCGUGGCUGUCCGCAGCCCAACAAUCGUCCUCCGCGGUACCGCAACGAAGAAGACGCCCACAAGCGAAAAGUCUUCAACCCCCGGCACGUACAGCACCCGGUACGCUGCCUCCACCUUCGCGGCCCAAAACAACCUCGACAGCGACGCAACCGCGUCAGUGGGCAGCAGCUACGGAUUCACGUGCAGCACACAGGGCCGCAGCUCACAAAGCUUGUCGUGCGCCCUCUUCACAAAGCCCCAAGGCAUAAAUGCGCACACACCGUACUUCUCCAGAAAUGCCGGAAGUCCUUCAGCAGGUCUUGCCAUCAGAGACUUGAAGCCACGAAACGAUCGCAUGGUCCUCACCACCUGA